AUGUACAUGUACAAGUCGCGCUCCGCUGCUCGCGUUGAUACAAGUUUCUUACAUCGGGUCGUAGUCGAGUAUCGACCUCUCAUUCUGAUUAAUCGGAAGCGCUAGCUAGCCAGCGGGCAAGGACUGGUAGUUGUUCUGUGGCGAGGGUUGUUAGGGGUGGACUAGCGGCGCUGCGCCAAACCCCGUUGUAGUCGGGAGCAGACGGUUUUUCCUGUGUCUGAACCGCGGCUCUCCGUACCCUCUGCUUUCCCACAACCCGGUUGCCCAGGCGUGAAUAGAUACGGCUGCAGCUCUUUUCUCCGUCAGUUUGGUGCCGGAAUGGAGUGCCUAUAUGCGGCACAAGCUGCAGUGCACAACCUGCUCCCUACAGAAGAUGCAGCUACAAGAAUGUUUGCAAGCUGGAUGACCAAUGUUUCUAGUCCAUUUCCUUCUGAAGCAGCCUUGGAACUAGCCAAUGACAGCUGUCGGCAGCUUCAUCUGAGGGUGCAGGCAGUCACCCUGCAUGGCGAGACCGUGUUUGUGUGUGGCAGCACUCCACAGCUGGGAGAGUGGCAGGUUGCACGGGCUCUCGAGAUGCACCUUGAGGACCCUGCAACGAAAGUUUGGGGUGUGAAGGUGUCUGCACCGCUGCACAAGACACUGGAAUUCCGGUAUUUUAUAGGCAUCUUGUUGGAGAACAGCAACGUGAUUGUGCGCAGAUGGGAAACGGUCCGACAACCACGUACAGUCAGCGCCAAUGAACUGACUAUGGAUCGAAAUGCUGCCGUUGACAUGUUUGGCAACUAUGAUGGUGAGGACAAGGUGGAGCCUGGGUGGUUGACAACGGAGUCCAUAGUUCAUCUCAAGAUGUUUGACAAUCCCAUUGUGCUGUGGAAGCGAAAAUACAAGUCUGUCCCUAUCUCUUACCACAUCACCCCAAUUGACCUCUCGGUUCGUAACAGUGACGCAGGGCCAAUAUGUGACGAGAGUGACCAGCACAGCAACACCUCUGACUUCGAGUGCGUCAAGUGGCCAGUUAUUGAAAUAGCGGUUAUGAAAGAACAAGAAUACGAAUUCAAAAAACAAAAUCAGUUUGGAAAUGUGUAUGCACCGGAGGACUUUGUCAUUUUCCAGGCACAGGUUAUGGACUCUUCUAGCAUCGCAUACAAGGUAGACUUCUACAUGCAUCGGAGUACCGAUGAGGCGAGCAUUCCUGAGAACAUCGGUAUCAGCUACAUCUUGCCAGGGAACAUGCAGGGGACCUUCGGGACAUGCACUGUACCCAUUACUGGCACCCGGCACCAGCCUGUUGGCCAACUAAAUGUUUCGUACCUGAUCAUCAAGCCUCUGGCCGAUUAUUCGUGUAACUGCCGAGAGACCUACUCCAAGUUUUGGAAAAAGACGAAUAGGAGUCUGGAUGUGGGGCACAGAGGUGCGGGCAACGCACGGCGAACGGACAAGGUUGAAAAUGUCCUGGAGAAUACUGUUGCAUCUUUCAACUAUGCUGCAAAGCAUGGUGCUGACAUGGUAGAGCUGGAUGUGCAGCUCUCGAAGGACAAGGUCCCAGUCAUCUAUCACGAUUACCACAUAUGCAUCUGCAUGAAAAAGCGAAAGUCACCGCUGCAAGAGGAAGAAAAGCUUCAACUGGCAGUGAAGGACUUGACGGUAGCGCAGCUGCAGCGGCUCAAGCUGUCACCUUCGGUACAUGACAGCCACCACUACGACUUUCGGGAGGAUGACCUCGAGGACAACCAGCCAUUCCCAACGUUGCAGCAUGUGCUUGAAGCAGUCGACCCCUCGGUUGGCUUCAAUGUCGAGAUAAAGUGCCCUAUGCAGUUUCGUGAUGGCACAUGGGAAAUGGAUCUAAACCUUGACAUCAACCUGUAUGUGGACAUAAUUCUGCGUACGUUGCUCGACUACAGUGGGAAGCGGUACAUUAUCCUUUCCUGCUUUCACCCAGACAUCUGCACCAUGAUCCGCCUGAAACAGAACAAGUACCCGCUUCUCUUCUUGACACAAGGCCAGACUGAGAAGUACCCACCCUACCUGGACACGCGCACUUCUACAAUACAAAUGGGCACUUACUUCUCUCUCUGCACCCAUAUUUUGGGAAUCAACGUGCACACGGAAGAGCUGCUGCGUGAGCCAAGUCUCAUCACUUUUGUGAAGGAGCACAAGUUGAUUCUUUUCUGCUGGGGAGAUGACAACAACGACAGCGAGACCAUCGCUAGGCUGAAGCGCAAGGGUGUUGAUGGUGUGAUCUAUGACAAGCUGGACUUGUUCAUCACCAGGAGUCCGGAGAAUGAGAGCGUGUUCCACGUGGACCCUGGUUCGACGGUAAGUCUGCUCGAGGCGGCCAGCAGCAGCUGCUCCAGGGAAACCCUGCCCGAGAAUAGUGUGUCUUCAGCCGCCCAUUCCUGCAGUGUUGGCGGCUCCUAGUGUCCUUUUACUCCCCUCGUUGCGCCUGCAGAUAGGGGACGAGGAAGAACGGGUAGCUGCACGGUGUGUGUGUUUUAGAGAGCUCUGCUUCUCGUCUUCCCUGCGCCAUGCGACAGUUGUGCUCAACAAUUCUUCCCACACUCCCAGCUGUCAUUGGCACUGGCGGAAUCGCUUGCCUCCUUCCCCUCACUUUCUGAACGUUGGGUGACGCCUUGAAAACUGCUAUGUAGCACCCUAGUGCAGACGAGUCCAGAGUUCAUUCCCUUGUUUUCAUCGUCAUUGUUGAUCUGUACUCCUCGAAGAGGUCUUUCUGUACAAGCCAGUGGUGACUCAAGUUUGAGAUUGGUUCCCUAGCAUGUGACGAGUUAUAGAUAUUGUGCUAUUGGACGCAGCUCUGCUGCCUCACUGCACUGUUGCCUGAUAGUUCUGUGAGCAACACUGUUGACACUUGUGUGUUAAUGACUUAGUGUCAGUGGUAAGAUGAUGAAGUGGCAUUAAAUACUGAUAACAUUACAGGUCAUUGUUGAGAUGCAGUACUAUCAGCUAUAGUGCUGUUUAGUCAGCUGUGCAGGGUAUCUUAAGAGUACUGGCUUCGUCAGUUAGUAUGCAGACAUUGCCCCUACCUGUAUGUUAGCAAACUUUAUUUCAUCACCAUCAGCUUCCCAAAAGUAGCGUAGGAGGCCUCUGUUGUAUAAAUAUUCAUGUAAAAUAAUUUUUUGGCCACGCUCCUUUUCUCCCCUACCACCCCCGCCUUUUUUUUUGCCGGCGAGUAUGUUUUGACGCCAUGUCGUUGCAAAUUUUUGUCUAGGAAUCUUGUGGUGGUUGCCAUUAACAAAUUUUGCAAUGAAACCCUCUAUAUUCCUGCAUUGACACAUGCUCAGUGAAAACUUGAUACCUGUCAGUGCCUGCUUUGCUGUAGACUGAAUAAUUGCAGAGUUGAUAAGGGGCUUCAUGAACAGCAAUGCAAUUCUUCUGUCAUGUUGGCUUGCCUGUGAAUUUAUCUGCUAGAGUUGUAUGUGUAGUCUUGUGCACCUGUGUGCUGCGGCAUUAAAUAUAUGCACAUUGUGUUCAUUCUAAAUCUGAGAUGUAGAUGGGUGAGAAAGCAAAGCGGAAAACUCCUAUUCUACUGCAUGUGGUUUUAAGGAAGGAUUUGGCUGUCUUCCAUUAACUUUUUUCUGUCCGUAAUUACAAUGUGAGUGGCCUGUGCAAUGCUAUUAGCAUGUAUCUACCAUCUUGAAGUGCCUGAUUGUGUGGAGUGUUUAUGGAGUUAGGACUUAAACCUCUGUGAAACUUGGCAUGCUUGCAUAGUUACAUGGGAUCUCUUGUCCUUAUUCUAUUUAUCUUACUUGCAACGAACACCCACUUGCAACGGUAUCAUAAACCCCACCAGUCCUUGACGCACAAUUGGGGAUAUGCAAAGUUCUGGGAGUACACUUCCCCAUAGAUUUCGUUUGAACCCCAUGUGAUAGCGAAAUUGUACUGAAAGUGCACUUAGGGCAGGUGUGCACAAGUUGGCACCGCUUUUCAUGCCAACAUCUCACCUUGACAUCCCUGCUCUUUGAAAACUUGUCCUCAGUUCAGUGGUGAGAGCAGAAGGUUGGCUGUAUUGUGUUGACCUGCCUUAGUGUGGCCUACUUGCAAUAUUUUGCAUAUCCUUUAUUUAACACAUUGCGAUGAUGUCUUUGCUUAUAAACCUGGUCUCAUGAAAACUGUCCAUUACUUGCACAUGCUGGUGGAGUAAAAGCUGAAGGCCAUGUUUUGAUAGAAGUAUGGGUUGCCUUCAGUAUAUAUUUAGUUUUAAUUAUGCUUUUAAUGAUUUUCCUAACAGAUACAGAAAGAUUUCAUGAACCUAUAGGCUGUACUUAACACAGGCGGAAUGUGCUUAAUGUAGUUCUGGGCUGGUGUGCCUUGGUCUCAUGAAUGUUUUUUACCUGUACAAUUUUAUCCAUAUCCAAGAAGAGCGGCUGCUGUGUUUGGAACUUGCCAGUUUCUGAGCACUACUUUUGGCCGUGGUUCUUUGCUUGGGAUCGUAGCACACUAGGCAGAUUUUGAAGUGUUACACUGGUAAAUUUAAGUUUAUCAGGUUAUGCUAUGGGGUUUCUUUUGUUCAUUCAUUCGUUGCUAAGUAUACUGAGCUGUUAUUGCUGUACGAUUGUUAUGAAGUUAUCAAAGACCUUUUUCUUGAAUUGCAGUGCAGUAGAAGGAAUGGUUCUGCAUUAGCAAAUUAUACUUUAAAUAAAUAAUGCACAGGGAGGAAUGUUUUGUUGGCAGUGCAUCUUGACAAGUACAGUAAGGCUACACAAGCUGUAAAAGAUUUGCAGUCCUGAAUAAUCGUGGUGUAUGCAAAGAAGAAAAUAACGACGAAAAUUGGAAUGGAAGGAUGAAUUUGCUGAAAAAGGAAAGCAGAUGGUACAUGAUGCUUGUUUAGUUUGCAAAUAUGGCAUUAUAAGAUGCACGAGCUCCAAGGUUCCAAGGUUUGCAAAGUGUAGUGUAAGAGUUCUGAUGUUUCUAUAGAGACAUGCUGUUUGAUUCACACCAUGUCAGGCUGUAGUGCCUACCAAGGGCUUUAUGUAUGUUGGAUUAUAUUUUCUGUAUCUACAUGCUUUUGUGGGUUAAUGUAAAUAAAGAUGACCAGUGUUCUUUUUUCCCUUCCUGUAUUUGCGUUUUGGUUGUUGGGUGUCUAUAUAUUUAUCGUUUGAAGCUGACAAGUGGUGUAAUUGUAGGCGCGAUAUGUGUGUGAGGGCUAAUGAGCUGUGUCAAGGUGAUCAUUCCUUUUUGUUUGGUUUGUACAGUCGUGCCAGCUUGAGAACUUGAAAACUGAAACUUCCUUAGAUCAGCUGAUCUUACCUUCAGCUUGAGCUAACAAGCUACAAUAUAGCUGUUGUGGUUUGGUUCAGCAAACUUUUUUUAUUGACAAACUUGUUUUGUGAGGUUGCUUAAGUUUAAUUGAAGUUUCACUGUAUGUUGGAAGAUCAAAUCUUCAUCUUGCCUUGCUUGUAAAAAAAUUUUCACUGAUUGAAAAUUCCUUACAAGCAUUUAUUGAUGACUCGUCGACUCUUCUUUUUUUGUGCUGUGUGCAUAUAUAUUUGUCAAAUGUGCCUCCUAAGUUGGAAAGCCUUUAAUGCUUGCUGCUGCUGAUACAUCACGUAGUGAUUAGCUAUUGUACAGUCAGAUUGAUGAUCUGACUGGACCAAAGCCAGGAUUUCGGGACUGAGUGGGUGGAUGGACGACAUACAUAUGUUACCUAGCAGGUUUGCUAUUCUAUCUUCUUGACAUACAAUCGGGAAAACUGCACGUGUGAAGUGCAGUUGCCAAGCGCUUAAAAAAAAAAGCUUAAUGUAUGCGUCGAGUUAUGCAUCUUGUUGGCUUUAAUAAAUUAUUUUAAUAAA